AUGGACCCCAUGCUGGUCUCUAUAAGUGUGCCGCACUACAUGUACAAACUGCCUGUUAAUGACUUCACCCAGGCCAGGGGCAGUGUCUCCCCCAACGCCGCUGCAUUUGGAAAUUCCUGGAGGCUCCGGGAUAUCGGCGCUGAGCUGACCUGCGAGGAUGUCCCCGAGUUGGGUCACAGCUGUGAGCAGCCAGGACAAGAAGCCAUCAGGACGGAGGCCGAAGCCAUCUGCAGAAAGCUCCUGAGCUCCACGUUCAGUCACUGUCACCACAAGGUGGACCCCAGCGGCUACUAUGACGCAUGUAUGUACACCUACUGCCAGGACGCAGGCCCAACGCCCAACAGACUGUCUUCCGUGUGCCAAACGUUCACCAGCUACGCCCGGGAAUGUGCCCAGCACAAGAUCAGCAUCACGUGGCGCAGGUCCGGCUUCUGCGAAAAGGAAUGCCUGCUGGGCAAGCAAUACUCGGACUGUGUGUCCGCCUGUCCGGCCAGCUGCGCCGCCGUGGGGAGCUAUGAGGACGGGCAGUGCCGGGAUGAGUGCGUCAGCGGCUGUGAGUGCCCAGCGGGUCUGUACCUGGAGGACGGCCUCUGUGUGUCGGAGGAGAACUGUCCCUGUUAUUACCGACGGCGAAGAUUCUCUCCGGGAGAGACCAUCCAGCAGAGAUGCAACCACUGCGUGUGCCAGGGCGGGCGAUGGCGGUGCUCACAGGAGAAGUGUGCUGCGGAAUGCUCCACUGUGGGUGACGCUCACUACGUGACGUUUGAUCGCAAGAGAUAUUCCUUUCAUGGACUCUGUGAUUAUAUCUUGGUUAAGGAUUAUGUGGACUGGAAACUCCUCAUCACUGGGCAGAACGAGGCGUGUGGCAGCAAGCGUCCGGCAAACUGCCUCCGGACAGUCACUGUCACUGCCCACAGGACGACGGUCACACUCAGAGCUACAGGGAACCCCGUAGUGAGUGGACAUGAGGUGACGCUGCCCUUCCUCAGCCCCGACCUGUCUGUGAGACGCGUGUCCUCAUCCUUCCUCCUUCUUCAGACCUUCGGAGCCCACGUCCUGUGGAACAUGGAGUUCCCCGCAGUGUAUAUCACUCUGCAGCCGGCGUUCGCCAAUAAGGUACGGGGUCUGUGUGGGACGUAUAACUGGAACCAGAACGAUGAUUUCACUACGCCCGAGGGCGACAUUGAGACCAGCUCCGUUGCGUUCUCCAAUGCGUUCAAGGUGUCUGGAGAUUGUCCGGAGGGGGGGCCCUUCACCUUUGACCCCUGUGAUAUGUACACGCAGCGGAGAGAGUUCGCGGAGGAUGUCUGCGCUGUGCUCGCCAGUUCUGUGUUUCAGGUGUGCCACGACGCGGUGGAGUGGGAGCCAUUUCACCAGAUCUGCCUUUACGACCUCUGCAGCUGCCCGUCAGGGCAGGACUGUCGCUGUAGUGCUAUGGCAGCCUAUGCCAGGCAGUGUGCCCAAGAGGGAGCGGUGGUGUCCUGGAGGAAUGCGUCUCUGUGCGCUGUCCAGUGCACAGGAGGACAGGUGUACGCUGAGUGCUCUGCUCCCUGCAAGAACACAUGUGCCGAUCUACGCCUGGCAGAAGCCGGAUCCUGCCGGGAGCUGGUGGGCUGUGUGGCUGGGUGCAACUGUCCAGAGGGUCUGGUGCUGGAUGACGGCGGGCAGUGUGUCCGUCCUGCAAUGUGCCCAUGCUACCAUGAAGGACAGACUUAUCAGCCGGGGGGCACACUACAGCAGACAUGCAAGAACUGUGUCUGCGUGAAUGCCGUAUGGAACUGUACGGAGAACAACUGCCCGGAAGCGGCGUUUUGUCCCGGUGAUCUGGUGUAUAAGUUUGGUACCUGUCUGCUGACCUGCGACACCCUGGCGCUAAACCAGACCUGCUCUGACAGGAGAGACGGCUGUGUGUGCGCGGAGGGCACCGUCCUGCUGGCAAGCAGAUGUGUCCCCCCAGAGGACUGUCCGUGUCAUCACCAUGGAAGACUGUACCACCCAAACCAGACCAUCGCCAAAGACUGCAACACCUGUGUGUGUAAGGAGAGGAGCUGGCACUGCACCGAUUAUCAGUGCGCAGGGGUCUGCACAGCCACCGGGGACCCUCACUACAUCACCUUUGAUGGGCGCUCCUUCACCUUCCUGGGAGACUGUCAGUAUGUUCUGUCCAGGGAGAACACCGGGCUGUUCACCGUCACCGCCGAGAAUGUACCGUGUGGCAGUAGCGGGAUCACCUGCACCAAGUCUGUGGUGGUGAUGAUCGGAAACACCAUCAUUCAUCUGCUGAGAGGGAAAGAGGUGACGGUGAAUGGCGUGGCUGUGCGACUCCCCAAAGUGUACAGUGGGAAUGGGAUCAUUCUGGAACAGGCCGGACUGUUCACCAUCCUCAUCACACACCUGGGACUCAGCGUCCUGUGGGACGGAGGAACCCGCGUCUAUGUGAAGCUGGAGCCGUCAUUCCGGGGCCGCGUCAGUGGUCUGUGCGGGAACUUUGAUGGGGACACAGAGAAUGACUUCGCAAGCCGUCAGGGGAUUAUCGAGCCCACCGCUGACCUGUUUGGAAACAGCUGGAGAAUGAGCCUCCUGUGCCCGGAGGUCCAUGGCGAUGACUUCCAGCACCCGUGCACGGAGAACAGCCACCGAGUCAUCUGGGCGAGGACGACCUGUGGGAUUCUCAUGCAGCCGCUAUUUGCUCCGUGCCACCAGGAGGUGCCCUGCCAGCAGUACUACGACUGGUGUGUGUAUGACGCCUGCGGGUGUGACUCUGGCGGAGACUGCGAAUGUCUGUGCACCGCCAUCGCCACGUACGUGGAGGAGUGUAACCAGCGCGGAGUGUAUAUCCGCUGGAGGUCCCAGGACUUGUGCCCCAUGCAGUGCGACAACGGGCUGGUGUAUGAGGCGUGUGGACCCCCCUGCCCUCACACCUGCAAGACCAUGGGGCUGGGUCCAUAUCAGCACUGCGCCUCUCUGUCCUGCGUGGAAGGAUGUUUCUGUCCAGAGGAGAAGGUCCUGCAUGAUGGGAGCUGUAUUGAGCCGUCAGCGUGCCCGUGUUACUGGGAGAAUCUGCCGUUCCCAACUGGUGCCGUGGUGAAGCAAGGCUGCCGCAACUGCACCUGUGGAUCCGGCCGAUGGCGGUGCCCCGAUGAACCUUGCUCUCUCCCCUCCCGCUGCGGAGCGGAUGAAUUUCCCUGCCACCUGACUGAGCGCUGUGUUCCCAACGCUUGGGUCUGUGACAAUGAGGACGACUGCGGAGACGGCUCGGAUGAGAUCUGCUCGCUGACCUGUGCGCCGCAAGAGCACCGCUGUGCCAAUGGGCAGUGCAUCGCCCUAUCUCACCGCUGCGAUGGCAGAACCGACUGUGUGGAUCACUCGGAUGAAUGGGGCUGCCCAGCUCCGCCCUGCAGUAGUGCGGAGUUCCGCUGCUCCAACGGGCGCUGCAUCCCACUUUCCCACGUCUGCGAUGGGGACCUGGACUGUGGAUUUGCCGAUGACUCUGAUGAAUUGGGCUGCUCAGCCGGGUGCGGUUCCGCUCACUUCCGCUGCUCCCUAGGAAGAUGCGUGCCCUAUAUUCACCGCUGCGAUGGGCACGACGACUGCGGGGAUUUCAGUGACGAGAGGGGCUGCAACUGCCGGCCCGGGGAGUUUCAGUGUCCGGAUGGGCUGUGUGUGCGCAAGGAGAAAGUGUGUGACGGAGAAAGCGACUGCAGCACCGGGACAGAUGAGACGUUCUGCUCAGGGGUGGGAACGUGUCCUCCGGGGCUCUGGGUCUGUGGGGACGGAUCAUGUAUCAGAAGAGAGAAGCUGUGUGACGGACUAUCCGACUGCGCGGAUGGAUCAGACGAGGAACCGGCUCAGUGUGCACCCCCUGAUAACUCCAAGACUGUUCCACCGGAGCGCAGCCAGACUACAGCAGGCGCUACAGGCUGCGGCCGCUACGAGUUCCAGUGCGGGAGUGGCGAAUGCAGACCCCGGGGGUGGCGGUGUGAUAACGAGGUGGAUUGUAUGGACGCCAGCGAUGAACGCGACUGUAACAGGACCUGUCACCUCCACCAGUACCAGUGCACAAUGAGUGGGGAGUGCAUUGGCUACAGCCAGCUGUGCGACGGGAUCCCCCACUGCCGCGACCAAUCAGAUGAGAGCAUGGACAACUGCGGUUCUACACAAAUCCCCCCCUGCCCGGGGCACUUCAUCUGCGCCAACAGGAUGUGUGUGAACAUCUCUCUGGUAUGCGAUGGCGCUCCAGACUGUCCACAGGGAGAGGACGAGCGGACAUGUGAGAGAAGCUCCGGGACCAUCGCCCCCUCCAUGCAAAGGAACCAGACGGCUCCGGCCUGCCCCGAGUACUCCUGCCCAGAUGGACAUUGCCUGAUGUUUAAGCAGGUAUGUAACGGGAUUCCUGAUUGCGCGGAUGGCACCUCUGGCUGGGUGGCCUCGGAUGAGAGGGAAUGUGGUUUCUGGAGCCCGUGGGGCGGAUGGAGUGACUGCAGCCAAUCCUGUGGGACCGGCGCACAAACCAGACGACGCGUGUGUACCAAUCCUAGCAGUGAUAUCCUCAGGCGGUGCCGGGGAGAGGAAAGUGAGGCCCAGCAAUGCUUCUCCGUGUCCUGCCCAGUCGAUGGCUUUUGGACACCGUGGACAACUUGGUCAAACUGCACCCAAGACUGCGCUGGCGUGGUAAUUCACCGGAGGGAGUGUACCCCGCCACAGAACGGGGGGCGUCACUGCACGGACCUGCCAGGUUCUUCCUCUUCAUAUGUAGAGAUUGACGUGUGUCAGCAAGAUGGCUGCCCCAUCGCCUCACCUUGUCCUGCGGAGCUGGAGUACAGCAACUGUGCCCCGUGCCCCCUGACCUGCUCCGAUCUGACUAAUAAGAGGAUGUGCCAGGAUGACCAGCCCUGUGCCUCGGGGUGUUGGUGUCCGGACGGGCUCCUGUUGGACAGCAGGAAUCACUGUGUGGCCCCCGAGGACUGUCCCUGUGAGGUGGACGGGGUCACAUACUGGCCCGGGCAGAUGGUGAAAGCAAACUGCCAAAUCUGCACCUGUCAGCAGGGUCAAAUGAAGCAAUGCCGGCCGAACCCCGAAUGUACAGUGCACUGCGGCUGGUCUUCCUGGUCCCCCUGGGGGGAGUGUUUGGGUCCGUGCGGAGUGCAGAGUAUACAGUGGUCUUUUCGCAGUCCCAAUAACCCCAGCAAACAUGGUAACGGAAAGCAGUGCCGGGGAAUCUACCGCAAGGCUCGCAGGUGUCAGACGGAGCCGUGCGAGGCCUGCGCCCAUCAGGGGAGGACGCACAGCAUCGGCGAGCGCUGGAGAUCCGGAGAGUGCCACGUUUGCCAGUGUUUGCCCAAUCUCACCGUACAGUGCUCCCACUUCUGCCAGUUCACCAAUCCGGGGUGCCCCGAGGGGCAGUUCCUGGUGCCAGGAUCCGGGGACACAUGCUGCUACUGCUCGGAGACAGCCUCCACCCCUCGCCCUACAGGCCUCCCGGCCAGGACUCCCGGCUCGCCCGUGCCAGCGCUCAUCACCUAUCCGCUGCCUUCAGCAGUAGAUGAAUGUUACCGGCCUCUGCGGACGGCACAGCUACCGCCCAGCAGCUUCACCGCCUCCUCGGAACUUGCCGAGCACCCGGCACACACUGCGCAGCUCAACCGGGUGUCUCCCAAGAGCGCCCUCCAGGGAUGGAGCCCGGAGGCCGGUGAUCACCCCGAUCUUCCCUCCGGGGCACCGUAUCUCCAGAUAGACCUGCAGAAGCCCUGGAACCUCACAGGGAUUGUGGUGCAGGGCGCUGGGUCCUCGGAUUUCUAUGUCACCAGCUUCGUUGUACAGCUCAGCGAGGACCUGGAGACCUGGCACAAUUACACAGAGGCGUCUGAUGACCCUGAGGCUAAGACCAAGGUUUUCCGGGGAAAUGCUGACGGUUCCACGCCGGUGGCCAGGAGUUUUGACAGAUUGGUCAGCGCUCAGUUUGUCCGCAUCCUGCCGCUGGAUUAUCACCGGAGAAUAUUCCUGCGCGCGGAGCUCCUGGGCUGCGGAGAAGUGUCUGCCAGACCCACUCCACCCACUCAGGGAGACCUGUGUCACACCGGGCAGUUCCAGUGUAGAAACGGUCACUGCGUCCUCGCCGGUCCUCAUGGAGUCGUAUGCAAUGGAAUCAAUGACUGUGGAGACCAAUCCGAUGAGAUUUUCUGUGGCACGGCUGUGGCCCCUCUCUCCCCUGUGCCAUGGGGCUGUCGUCAGUCUCAGUAUCACUGUAGAUCCUCCGGGAACUGCAUAGAGGCGUCUCAGCGGUGUGAUGGAGUCCGGGACUGCUUGGAUGGAGCGGAUGAAUCUGGCUGCGUCCCCCGGCCUGGUGGCACUUUGCAGCCCAGCAUCAGGGUAGAAGAGCAGAACAGCCUUGGGGUCAGCCCGGCAGGAACAGAUGUACCCAUCCCUCCUACUGGACUUGUGGAAGUGAGUCCAAGACAGGAACCUUCAGGAACUGAUCAGUCUACGAUCCCAGGACCGGAGGGGUCUUUUCCAGCAGGUCCGUGCGACGUGUCCCUCGGGCUGGAAGAUGGCCGGGUACAUUACAAGCAGCUCACUGCGUCCUCUCACAAGGAGAAUAAUCCGCCAGAUGCCGGACGUCUGAACAUCGUGCCAAACAUCCUGAACAUUGUGCCCGGCUGGAGCCCCCUUUACACCGAUAAGCAGCCGUUCUUCCAAGUAGACUUCCUGCAGCUGACCUUCAUCUCCGCUAUCGUCACCCAGGGCGGGCGACAGUCCGGGGGCUACGUCACCAAAUACCGGCUCAUGUACAGCCGUGACGGGAUUCUCUACCACAACUACACCGGGCGAGUAGCUGGUCCCACGGGGGCUCCGCAGCUCUUCGACGCCAACACGAACAGUAACACAGCGGCGAGACGGGAGCUGGGACGCGCUUUGCUGACACGUUUCCUGCGCAUCUAUCCCGUGGAGUAUCACAAGGCGAUCUACCUACGCUGCGAGAUCAUCGGAUGCCCCUAUGAGGAACCCAGGGGACCGCCAGUCACAAGGAGCCCAGGUGCCGUCACGCUUCCCGGAGUGGUACCCCGCUGCCAGCCGGGGGAGUACCAGUGCGGCAGCGGUGAGUGUGUCAACGCAUCCAGAUCUCUGUGUGAUGGGAGAGCCGACUGUGGCGAUUUCUCCGAUGAGAAAGGAUGCGGUGUGCUUGUUCCUCCGGGCUCGGCCACUUCCCAGGCAGGUGUGACCACUGCUCCCCUAGGUCCGUCAUUGUCUCCUGGCACUGUCCGUCUACUCCCCGGACAUGUUGGAGAACCCGGAAUAUAUCACCAAUCCCAACCAACUGGAGAUCCGGGAAUACAGAGCAUAAAGCCUGGGGAGAGAGUCACUCCAGGUCUCGUCACAGCCCAGCCAGGCAUUCAGGAAAAGGACCACGUGAGUGGGAAGCCCGGCUUCAGGAUACCAGAAGGACCAGAGCACAGAGAGGGCCCAGAACAAGCAGCGAUCUCCUCUGGCUCUCCCGCACAUGUAGGGACUCUUCCUCUACCUUCAGUGACUGCAUCCAGCAACAGUCCACUGGCUGCCACCACGUCUCUGAGAGAGGGCUUUUCAGGAGGUCCUGGUCUUCACACCAGCGAAUCCCAGACAGGCAUUCCUGGACUAGCCACUCCAUUUGCUGGUAAGGACCUAUGGACAACAUAUAAAGAUGUCAGCUCACCACACACAGGUUACCCGGCACUGAGUAUAGGAGCAGGAGUGACAGGGAUGGGAACAGGAGCAACAGAAGUUGCUACAGAUGUCUCAUAUCGCACUACAUCACCAAAACAUGAUGGUGAACUGGUAAUAUCUAAUCCAGCCUGGGUAAGGACAGACCACCCUGUUCUAUCCAUGGGGAGCUGGAGUCUUCCAGAACAAACACUACCACAGGGUAGGUCCUCUACCCCCUAUAGUGACAAAGAGCCAAUGACCAAAGAAUCUCCAACUGGGACCCCAGAAUUAGCUUCUAGAGCAAGUCUUGAAGAACGUUUGUCUACAGCAAAGCAUGCGUGGCCAUCCUCCCAUUACCAUGCAGGUCCACAAUCUUCCCCUGACCUAUAUAGACCUCAGAGUACCCCUAGCCCUACACUGAGAACAGCUUCUCGGGGCAGAGGAGACUCUGGCAUGAAGCCGCCUGAGCUUUUUUAUAUACCGGAUGGACAUCAUGCCAGCUUGAAACCUGGUUCUGGUACAGUCCUUAUUUGGAAGGAGCCCAUUGUGGUUCCACCAGAAAUGGUCCCAGAUAAAGAGAGCCACAUUAGACCAGGGGACCGAGAAGAACAUCAAGCUGCUCAUAAAUAUGAAGGAACGAGCAGCGCCCUGCUGAUGGCUCCAGCGACCGAGUUUCCCAGAAGCCUCUGCAGCAUGGGUCAGUUUGCCUGCUCGGCGUACGGCUGCGUUGAUGGAACUGACGUCUGUAAUGGGCAUGAGGACUGCGCCGAUGGAUCGGAUGAGCAGCUGUGCGGUACUUCUGCUGCUGCCAUCGGGGUCUCUUCUCUCCCACCCACCCUGUACAGUCACACACCCAGUCCGUGCUCCUCCAAGCAGUUCACAUGUGGCAGCGGAGAGUGCGUGGCCAUGAACAGGCGCUGCGACCUGCAGAGACACUGUGCCGAUGGCUCCGAUGAGGAGAACUGUGUGGACUGCAUCCUGUCCGCCUGGACGUCGUGGAGCGAGUGCAGCCGCUCCUGUGGACUGGGGGUCAUCUUCAGGCGUCAGGAUGUGAUCAGGGAACGUCUGCCCGGAGGACAGUGUUCUGGUGCCCAGUUUGACAGUAAAAGAUGCUUUGUACAAGCUUGCCCAGUGAAUGGCGUCUGGUCCCACUGGGGAGCGUGGUCUGCGUGUGAUGCCGAGUGCCAAGGAGGGGUCCGUUCUAGAAGAAGGAAGUGUGAAAACCCCCCACCCAAAAACGGGGGUCUGCCAUGCCGCGGGGAAUCGGUUCAGACGGAGUCUUGUAACCUGCAGCCCUGCGGAGACUCUGAAGACUGUGGCCCCGACAUGAUCUAUAUUCCUCCUGGAGAAUGUCCGUCCCGGCAAGUAGACCUGUGCCCUCCGACGUGCCGAGGUCUGAAUGCAGAGAUCCUAUGUGACAGCGGCUGUAUGGAAGGCUGCCACUGCCCCCGGGGUCUGUACCUGCAGGACGGCAGCUGUGUGACUAUCAGCCAGUGCCGCUGUGACAUGGACCGCGGCGCUCGUCUUCCAGGGGAGACUUUCACCAGGGACAACUGUAGUGUUUGCCACUGUCAGGACGGGAAGGUGACAUGUGACAGCUCCUCCUGUGCCGUGGACUGUGGCUGGUCAGCGUGGUCACAGUGGACCCCUUGUGAUGAGCCUUGUGGGACAGGCGUGCAGGAGAGGUUCAGGUCUCCAUCCAACCCACCCAGUGCGAAUGGCGGCACUCCCUGCGAUGGGGAUACCCGCGAAGUGAGAGAGUGCAACACCCCCUGUGCCAACGAGACGGAUUCGUUCUGGAGUGAAUGGACGGCCUGGUCCUCAUGCUCCAAGACCUGUUUCUAUGACAUGGAACAUAUAGCGCUACGGAGAAGGUUCCGUCACUGUAACGUCUCUGCAUCACCCUAUGACCAUACGUGUGUGGGGGAGGCUGUACAGGAGGAGGCCUGUGACACGGCGCUGUGCCCGGUUCUAGGUGGAUGGUCGCCCUGGAGCACCUGGACAGAAUGUACCGCCACCUGCGACUCCGGAAUCCAAACCCGCAACCGGUCCUGUUCUAACCCAGUUCCCUCACAUGGGGGCUCCGAGUGCUGGGGGCCACAGAUACAGACCAGGGAAUGUAACACGCAGCCCUGCAGAGACCUGUGUCCCGGAGAUAUGAUCUACCAGACGGCGGAGGAGUGCCGCAGCGGAGGCGGAGCGUGUCCCCGCCUCUGCCUGGAUCAGGCUGCCCAGGUGGAGUGCGCCUCUGUCUGCUAUGAGGGCUGCUACUGUCCAGAGGGGCUGUUUCUGCAGAACAGCAGCUGUGUACCUCAGGCCCAGUGCCUCUGCUACCACAAGGGGGCGCUGUACCAGCCGGGGGACAACGUGACUUUGGAUGCAUGUAACAACUGCACAUGUGUAGCCGGGGGGAUGGUGUGCAGCACAGAACCCUGUCCAGUGGACUGUGGCUGGAGCAGUUGGACUCUCUGGAGCUCGUGCAGCAGGACAUGCAAUGUGGGAACCAGACGCAGAUACCGGUCAGGGACUGAGCCGCCGGCAGCAUUCGGAGGCGGGGCCUGUGAAGGAUCUAAUGUUGCUAUAGAGUUCUGCAGCUUACAGCCGUGUAAAGGCCCGGCCGGUGAAUGGGGCCCCUGGUUGGAGUGUUCCGUACCCUGCGGUGGAGGAUACAGGAAUCGCAGCCGUGUCAGUAUCGCACUGCGCCGGAUAGAGUUCUCCACCUGUAACCUGAGCCCGUGCCCUGGUGAGGAGGCCGGGGUCUGCGCAGAUGGUAAGGUGUGGAAGGACUGCGGUGAGGGUCCCUCGUCUUGUGCCGACCUGGACGGUGGGAGCCUGAACAGGACAUGUCAGCCCGGCUGCUACUGCCCCAGCGGGGAGGUUCUGCUGAAUAAUCGCUGUGUCCCCACCUCACACUGUCCGUGUACAGAGAAUGGAGACUUGUAUGACGCCGGGGAGACUGUGCCGAGAGACUGCAAUAACUGCUCCUGUCUGUCUGGCCGGAUCACCAACUGCUCCCGUCUGGCCUGCCAAGCUGUAAAUGGGAACUGGUCGCAAUGGACGCCCUGGAGCGACUGUUCAUCCACGUGCGGAGGAGGGUUCCAGAACCGCUACAGAUUCUGCACAGAACCCGCUCCCUCGGGAGGCGGUUCACCCUGUGAGGGUCCAGACCGGGAGGAGGAACCCUGUAAUCUGGAGCACUGUCCUGAAAGUGGGAGCUGGAGUGCGUGGAGUAGCUGGAUGGACUGUACCAAGAGCUGCGGAGAGGGGGUGAGAUCACGCCAGCGAACGUGUAACAAUCCAUCACCCCUCGGAGACGGAGAUUACUGUGAGGGUCCUAGCACUGAGAUGGAGUCAUGCCAGCUUGUGUCAUGCCCAGAGACAAACUGCUCGGCCAUCAGGAACUCCACCUACAGCAGCUGUGGGCCGGCGUGUCCCAGGUCAUGUGAUGAUGUCGCGUUACAUCAGCACUGCCAUGGGCACUGCCAGCCUGGCUGUUACUGCCCGCCAGGGAAGCUGCUGUCUGAGAAUAGCACAGCAUGUGUACUCCUGGAGGACUGUUCCUGUCUGGACAUUCUGACCGGAGAAAGACAUCAUCCUGGAGAGACUGUGCCCAGGGGGGAUGGCUGUAAUAACUGCACCUGUGUGAACGGCACCAUGAUGUGCACUAGUAAUAUCUGCGCGGUGCCUGGAGGCUGGUGUGAUUGGUCAGACUGGACACCAUGCUCCAAAACAUGUGGAACAGAGAUGGUGACAAGGUACCGGAGCUGUGCCUGCCCAAAACCUGGAGGUGGCGGAGUACCAUGCCAUGGGGUGCAGCAGUACUAUGGUGAUAUUGGAGUGCAGCUGGAGCGGAAAGAGUGCCCCUAUUCCUCUUACUGUCCAGUAAAUGGGAACUGGAGUACUUGGGGAACCUGGUCAUAUUGUGAUGAUUGCUCAGGAGACUCUGUGAGGACCAGGCAAUGUAAUAGCCCCCCUGCACGCUUUGGUGGUACCCCAUGUGAGGAAGAGUCACGGCAAAGCCGAGCCUGUCAUGAUAACAGCACCCAGUGUUCAGAGUGUGGCAGUGGCCUGCUGGAUUUUCCAUGUGGUAAAUCCUGUCCCCGCUCCUGUGAAGACCUCCAUGGAGACACCAUCUGCCUGGACAUCCAGGGGUGCCAGCCUUCGUGUGGGUGCCCUGAGGGGCAGCUCAUGCAGGAUGGGGUGUGCGUGGCACCCAGCGAUUGUAGGUGCAAGUAUCAGAACGGUUCACUGGGGGCAUCUGAAUCUGGUGAGAGCUCUGCCUGGUCUGAGCCGGCACCCUGGGAGUAUGUCCUGCCUGGGGAAAUGGUGACUGGUCCCUGUCAGAACUGCACCUGCACCAGUGGUCACCUGCUCUGCACCCCAGACCCCCUUUGUCUUCUGGAUGGUGGUUGGGGGGUCUGGGAAUCCUGGACUCCAUGCUCUCCAAGCUGUGGAGAAGGAACCCAGACUCGAUCCAGGGAAUGUGAUAAUCCUGCACCCAGGAAUGGUGGACGAGGUUGUGUAGGGCCCAGGGAGCAGCAGAGACAUUGCCAGGGCCCGGAUUGUCAAGAGCUGUAUCCCUGGAGCGAGUGGUCUCCGUGGUCACCGUGCAGCAUGAGCUGUGGAGGCGGGGAGCAGAUCAGGGUCCGCGAAUGUCAGCAGCAGGAAUGUGCCGGAAACGCCAUUCAAAGCAAGAUGUGUAACAGCCAGGUGUGUCUGGAUGUGGGCUGCCCGGUAGACCGCCUGUUCCGGGAGUGUGGCAAGGACGACAGUUGCCCGUACAGCUGUGCCCAUCUGACCCAGCAGGUGGAAUGUUUCCCGGAUGACUGCGAGGAGGGAUGCCACUGUCCGCUGGGCACCUACUUCCACAACGGCUCCUGCGUCACGGAUUGUCCAUGUCUGGUUACUGAGGAGACCCUGCAGGACCUGAAGAACCACUCAUCAGACGACAUACGCCACCUUCCCCCGCUGGUCACUGGCCGGGGGUCCGCAGUUGUGCCGGGAGACGAGGUGAUAGCAGGAGAGGAGAUUUGGCACGGCUGCAGCACUUGCGCAUGUCAGAAUGGGCGGAUGAAUUGCACAUUAUCCGCAUGUCCUCAGAAUGGAGGUUUCACCCCAUGGACCCAGUGGAGCUCCUGCUCUGUGACCUGCGGAGGUCUGGGCAACAUGAGCCGGACCCGUGACUGUUCUAAUCCCAAACCGACCAAUGGUGGAAGAGACUGCGAUGGCCCCAGAGUGGACAUUAAGUAUUGUCAGACCCCAGUCUGUGGAGAUGGGAUACCCACUGAGAAAACUCCCACAGUCAGCGCAGAGGAGGAAUUUGGUUCCUGGUCACCGUGGACGCCAUGUUCUAGGAGCUGCACAGACAGGAACUUCCCUGCAGUCAAGACGCGUUCCCGAUUCUGUCCGGGUGGAAGUAAUUGUACCGGAGAGUCCUUCCAGGAGGCCACCUGUAACCUUCCACAAUGUUUAGAUAUGACCGCCAUGUGUAAUGGAGAAGAGUGCCGGGAGCGGAACUGCUCCUGGAACCCUUGGUCUGAGUGGAGCGAGUGUUCUCGAUCGUGUGGUGUUGGACAACAAAGGCGCCUCCGUACUUACAACCCCCCUGGGGACAAUGGCUCGUGGUGUGAGGAUAUACUGACUGGGAACAUGGAGCGGAGGUUCUGUAACUUGCAGGCCUGUAAAGUAAAUGGUGGCUGGUCCAAGUGGAGUCCCUGGUCCUAUUGUGACCGCUCGUGCGGUGGAGGAAGAUCAGUGAGAAGUCGUAGCUGUACCAGUCCUCCACCAAAAAAUGGAGGAAAGGAAUGCUCGGGGGAGAAAUACCAAGUGCGCAUCUGCAACCCCAAACCCUGCGCUGAGGGCUGUCCCACUGGGAUGGAGCAGGUGGCGUGUGCCAAUCGCUGCCCCCGGCAUUGCUCGGACUUUCAGCAGGGAAUUGUGUGCCUGGAUGUAGAGGGUUGUGCCCCCGGGUGUCGGUGCCCAGAAGGGUCACUGGAGCAGGAUGGGGUCUGUGUGCCCGUCGCUCAGUGUGAGUGUACAGACCGCUACGGGCAGAGCUGGACUCCCCACAGCUCCCUCCAGGAAGACUGCAACAACUGCACCUGCUCCGAUGGCCACCUCCUCUGCACCAACGACACCUGCCAGAGCGUGGACUGUAUGUGGAGCCAGUGGUCAACGUGGUCUCAGUGCUCCGUCAGCUGUGGAAGUGGUCACCAGACACGUUUCAGAUCAUCUACAUCCGGGUCAGAGAGGAAAUCGUGUCAGGCACCUGAGAGGCAGGCUCGCCCAUGUUACCUGGAUAUAUGCCCAGAGUUGUGCCCACACAAUGGCUCUGAAAGACACGUUGGAGAUGUCUGGCUGGUGGGAGAGUGCCAGCAGUGCAUUUGCACCCCGGAAGGUAAUUACUGCCAGGACAUUGACUGUAGAGUGGAUGGGAAAUGGACGCCGUGGUCUCCCUGGUCUGACUGUCCAGUCACGUGCGGUAGCGGUGUUCAGAUCCGCACACGGGCCUGUAUCAACCCUCCCCCGCGCAACAAUGGUUCAGACUGCGAGGGCCUGGACACAGAGAGGCGGGACUGUACCAACAAGCACUGUGAGGGUAGCGGGCAGUGUGACUGGACAGACUGGAGCCUGUGUUCCCGCAGCUGUGGUACCGGAAUACGCAGCCGGAGAUGGCGGUGUGACUGCCCUGCGCUGGGGACUCCGGAUCUCCCGUGUGACGGCAGGGAACAAGUGCAGACAGAGGCGUGUUACAUGCAGCCAUGUGCAGGGAUCUGCUCCUGGGGGCCCUGGAGCCAGUGGUCUGACUGCUCCUGUCACUCUAUGCUCCAACUUCGAUAUAGGGAGCCCAAGGGCCCAACCUUUGUGGGGGACAGAUGCGACAAGCUGUCGAGGGACUUCCGGCCCUGUAACCUGUCCCAUUGCUCAGAGUCCAGCUGUUUGCCACCAUUUACAUUCAGUAUCUGUGGAUCUCCAUGCGAUGGCCUCUGCUCUUCCAGACACAGCCCCGAUGUUUGCCAUAAUAUGCCCACAUGCCAGCCUGGCUGUUACUGUCCUCCGGGGCUGUUAGAGCAGAAUGGGAAAUGUGUCCAUGCCUCUGACUGUGAGUGUCUCCACAUCUCCACAUCCGGGACCACUUACCUGGCUGCAGGACACAACGUGCGCUUGGGGUGCAGGGAGUGCGUCUGCCUGCAGGGGGAGCUGAAGUGCAACAGAAGUAACUGCAGAGGUGAGGCCGCUCUCAGCGAGUGGUCUGAGUGGUCCUCCUGUAGCCCCUGCCUACCAGUGCCCCAGAAUACCACCGGAUCCCCGGUAUUCAUCUCCGUACAGCAACGACACCGCUUGUGCCUCAAUGCUCAGACCGGCUUCCCGUGGCGUGGGAAUUCCUCCGCUUGUUCCAGGGAACUGACAGAGGAGCGCCAAUGCCCAGAUCCGGAAAUCUGUAACGAUCUGUGUGUGUGGAGAGAGUGGGGCGAGUGGAGUCCCUGCCGUGAGCCGUGCAGUGGUGGUUUCCGCUCCCGCUGGCGCCACGUCCAUCACCCAGUGGACAGUAAGCUGUGCCCCGGCCCCAGGUUCCAGUCUGAGAGCUGUAACACAGCCACCUGCCCAGGAGAAAGCUGUGAGGAGCGUGGGAAGGCCUUCAAGAUGGAGUGUGCCAACCAGUGCCCGCGGGCCUGUGCCGACCUCUGGAAACAUGUGGAGUGUCUGCAGGGAGAGUGCCGGACGGGGUGUCGCUGCCCCGAAGGCUGGCUCCUGCAGGAUAAGAAGUGUGUGCCAGUCACGGACUGUCGCUGUGGUCUGCCAACCGCCAACGCCACCAUAGAGUACCACCCAGGGGACGCUGUGCGAAUCGGCUGCAACAACUGCACCUGUAUGAAUGGGACCUUCGUAUGUACCGACGUGCAGUGUCCCGUGUACGGGCCCUGGGCGGAUUGGGGCCCCUGCUCUGUGAGCUGCGGCGGGGGCCAUCGCUGGAGGAGUCGUGUCUGCACAGAGAGGGGUCCUGACGGAGCGGCCUGCGGGACUGAGACCCACGAGGUGGAGGAGUGUAAUGACUGGCCAUGUCCAGCGGACUGUGUGCUCAGCGACUGGUCGGAGUGGACGGAGUGUAGCGCCAGCUGUGGCGGCGGGAUGUCCGAGAGGCAGAGAACGGUUCUGGCACCGGCUGACCCGGGUGGAGAGCCCUGUCCUUCUCCGCUGAUCCUCCACCAAACCUGCAACUCCCACAACUGCACUCCAGCUUGUCCCGGAGAUCAGGCGUACAGUGACUGCGCCAAUUCCUGCCCUCACGCCUGUGGCGACCUCCAUCCAGAGACGGUGUGCAUCAGUCAGACCUGUGAGCCCGGCUGCUCGUGUCCCCCGGGGAAGGUCCUGCAGGACGGCGCGUGUGUGACACUGCAGAUGUGUCCAUGUUUCCUUCCACAGUCUGCUGCUCUUUCCUGGGCUGCCAAUCUCACCCUGCAAGAGAGGACAACCGGCUACCCGAUGGGCACAGUCAUAUAUCACCAGUGCAACAACUGCACCUGCCAUAUGGGCGCUUUCACCUGCACUGCAGAUACCUGCGAUGUGGACUGCCAGUGGUCCCAGUGGUCAGACUGGACUCCAUGCUCAGUCACAUGUGGUAGUGGUACCCAGAUCUCACACCGACGGCAGAUUCAACACCGCAUGUAUGACGGGAUGGAUUGCACAGGAUCUCCGGCACGCCAGAGGAUAUGCGAACUCCCAGACUGCAGCUGCCCCAGUGGGGAGAGAUGGAGGCGACACUCCCCGGAUGCUGAGUUCUGUGAGCGGACCUGUCAGGAAGUGUAUGAGGAACCCUGGAGGAAUUGUAGCAGUGGGGCCCGCAGUGGUUGUGUGUGCGAGGCCGGGCUGUAUCGGAGCAGCACGGACACGUGUGUCAGUCCCGCUCAUUGUGAGUGUGAGCACGAGGGAGAGAUCUACCAGCCUGGCGCAGAUUGGCAGGACGGAUGUAACACGUGUCGCUGUGUGAAUGGCAUAGGGGUCUGCGCUGCCAGGUGCCCCCCGAUGUAUUGUGUAGAGGGCGAGGUAAAGGUUCAGGAGCCGGAAGAAUGUUGUCCUGUUUGCCGGAAAGAGAUACGAGAUGACCGCUCACCGGUGUGCAGUCUCCACAGAGAACUCCGGAACAUCACCAAGGGCAGCUGCUAUCUGGAAGAUGUGGAGGUGGCCUUCUGUCAGGGACAAUGCCUGUCCUGGACAAUGUCCUCGCAGAGACAUAAUGAGGAGGGUCUGGCCAUCACCCUGGAUUCAGGAGAUGACCCAGCCCUCAGCAUAUUACAACAACUGUUGGAUGAAAAUCCCGACCUAGUGAGCGAAUCCCCUAAAAAAGUGUUUGAUGUAAAUAGAAGCGUGUUCAGACGCAAGUCUGAAUUCUACCCUCUGACGUAUAAAAGCAAUAUGGUAGAAUGCUUCUAUAAAACCACACUUGGAGACCUAACCAAACUAUGCCAACAAAAGAAACUAACUAACAAAAAAUAUAAACAAAACCUCAAUAAAUGGGAACACAGAGCCCUGAGGAAUCUCACCAGAGAUACCUCUCUGGUUUUCAGAGAGGCCGAUAAGGGGGGCGGUCUGGUAGUGCAGGAUAGGAGGGAUUAUAUUCUUGAGGCGAACAGACAACUGAACAACAAGGAUUUCUAUAAACCAUUAACAAGAGACCCUACACCUGAUUUUCUGAAAGACCUACAACAUAUCUUGGAUGAUGCCUGGGCAGACGGAGUUAUAUCUAAGGAUGAAUUUAAUUUUCUGUUGGUUAAGCACCCCACAAUCCCCAUAUACUAUCACCUUCCCAAAAUACACAAAUCACUCCGCUCACCACCUGGGCGUCCCAUUAUUUCCGGUAUUGGUUCAUUAACUUCUAAUUUGUCCUUUUAUGUUGAUUCCUUUCUCCAACCCCGUGUCUCAACCUUGAGAUCACACAUCAAAGACACUACCCACUUUUUACAGUUAUUACAAAAUUUUGUGUGGAAAGAGACAUAUGCGUUUAUGACAUUGGAUGUACAAAGUUUGUACACCAAUAUCCCACAUGAUUUGGGGUGUGACGCAAUAGCAAAGAGACUACAAAUUGAUGGUGAUCUCACGGUGAUGGGUACGGCCAUGGGGACCAGAUUUGCGCCGAGUUACGCCAACCUUUACAUGGGUUUAUUUGAGGAUACCCAUGUGUGGGGCGGGGACUUUGGCGCGAAUCUGGUCCUCUAUGGCCGUUAUAUUGAUGAUCUGUUUAUUAUUUGGGAUGGGGAUCUCACUUCAGCACAACAGUUUGUAUCUAGUCUUAAUUCCAAUCACUUUAAUUUGAAGUUUACUCACUCUUAUCACCCCCGCACCAUUAAUUUUCUUGAUGUAACUCUGGAAGCCAGGGAAGGCAAAAUUUAUACGUCAAACUACUAUAAAGAGGUCGCCACGAACUCUUAUCUGCACUACCAGAGCGCUCACUACCCUCCAUGGAAAAGAAACAUCCCCAAAGGACAGUUCCUUCGCUUAAGAAGGAACUGUACGGAUAGGAAAAAGUAUUUAGAACAGGCAGAAUCUAUGCUAGAAGCCUUUGUCUCGAGGGGCUACCCUGAGCCCCCCCUGAGGAGGACUAUGGGAGAAGUGGCUGAUAUAGAUAGGGAUAUUCUACUUCGACCAAGAGAAGCGUUUGGGACCAAAACUACAGAUACGGACCAGAUUAAUGGUCCACAAGAAAAUUUAGCCUUUAUAUCGACAUACAAUAAGGAUAAUAUUGAGUGA